UUUCACGAAAAUCCAAUAAGCAAGGAUGUGAAAUCCGAUUUCUGAUAAACGUCACUCUCGAGGAAGACUGACGGGAUUAAUCUGUGCUUGGAAUCUUGUGUGUUAACGACUUUUCUGCAUCAAAAUCAUUAAGAAGGUGUUUUUGGUUUUAACUAAGGCGUUUCAUUAUAAAAGAUCCAUGAAUUUUUGCCAUUUUCGGUUUGAUUUUUGAUUGAUUAAGGGCGGCCAUGUUCAAUCGUAGGGUCAAGGCACCCUUUAAUCACUCUCAUUGCGAACAAAAGGGUUUUUUUCAGUCCACUGACUUACACGUCAACUAAUUAUCUUUUCGCGUGGUCAUUUGACUCAGUGAAAUUGAAAAUUACGGUUAAUACAGGCACAAAACAUCGUGCAGUCGACCAUGAGAAAGAGAUAACAUUGUUGUUGCGAGAAAGAAAGAAAACAAACAAGUAAACAGUUAUCUCGUUCAUGAUCAUAACUUCACAACGGACAGAACAUUUCAAGAUCAUUACUGCUAGAAAAAACGUUGGCAUUCGUCAGCUCUAGAGAUUUCGUCUACAAUGCUUCGAAGACGAGGCUCUGCUCCUGCGGUCGUACUUCAACAACAUUUCUCCGAAUCGAAAGGCGUCCUCUUCAGAGCGGAUCGUAUAAUUCCACCGCCAGAAGUCCCGAAAUUGUCUAAGGCAAAACGCGGAAAGAGAGAUGUCGAACGAGGAUACAGCCCUCCACCGAUUGUUCCUUCUGUUCCUUUGUCAUCAGAGAGGAGGACGAAUGAGUCACAGCAAGUUCUGGACUACGACAGUUCUUCGCCCAGAUGUCCGAGCCCUGUGUCGCCCGGCUCGCCGACCCUGACCAACAAAAAGCCGAUGAAACAUCGGCCGAAACGAAGGGACAGCGAACCUUUCGUUGCUCAAGCCCCAGCAGCACUUAACACAAGGAACGCUACCUCAAGCGCAUUACACAGACGAAGCAGUUCUUUCAGAGACUACAACAUUGUUCUUCUAGGGCAGGGAGGUGUUGGAAAAUCUGCUUUGCUGGUUCGAUUUACAACGGGACGAUUCAUACAUGAAUAUGACCCAACACUGGAAAUGACGUAUGAUAUGUGCGCUGAAAUAGACGAGGAUCCCGCUAUCUUGCACAUCACCGACACAGCUAGCACGCACGAACCUGUAUAUCUGAGCCAAAACGAGGGUUUUGUUGUAGUGUACGCCAUCGACGAACCACGUACAUUCCAAACAGCAAAACAACUGAUCAAGCUCAUCCGGGAACUAAAGAAACAGCGAAGCCAACAAACUGCCAUAGUUUUGGUUGGUAACAAAGUGGACCUGAGUCACACACGAGCGGUGUGUAAACAAGAGGCCUUAGAGUUUGCUUCGGAAUAUGAAUGUUUCUUCCACGAGACGUCGGCAGCUAACGAUAUCAACGUCAAAAUUAUUUUCCACGACGCUGUCAGACAGUUACGAGUUUUUCAGUUGAACAAGAAGGCAAACGGACCUAUGAAUUCCAUUAAAAACUUCUUCUCGCGAUGAGGUCGAGAGUAACCAAGCGAAAAGACGUCAGUUGAGGUGCACCGCCAAAGACGCAACGUACGUGUGUUUUUCUGGAUUUCUACCUCAUUUCACCAUGGCAUUUAAUUGGCAAUACACAACGCAGGGCUGAUUAUAACUCUUAAUUUGACUCAUCAAGCUCAAGUAGAUAAUUAAUUUAAUUAACGACUUCGGAAAAUUAUAAUCUGUGGGCAAUAUCAGUGACCGCCAACGCUUUUCCAAAAAUGGUAAUGUCGAAUGCUUCACGCGUUCAACAUUGUCCAAGAGAAAACUUCCAAGCUCGUCUCUUUAACCUGCGAAUAAAGUUAGCAGUCAAGACCUGUGUGACCUGUACAUCAAGGUCAGUGGAGUACAUCACUUCAUGGCUGCAAAUGCUUUGGGAUCACUUCUUAAUGUGAUUAUUGAGUUAGCUAUAGGGUUUACGACCUCUACCAUUGUCACCUUUGUGGGCAUUCUGUGACUGCGAGCUAACCAUUACAUUGUACAUACUUCGCCAUUUUCCACAUUCAUAUUCAGCCAUAUUCCACAAAUGUACAAUUUUCACAUCACUUUUUAUAAUUUUAGUAUGAAAGAAUGCGUAGGUAGGGGCCUUGAGCUCAACAAGACCGAAAAAGCUGUCCGAAGCUGCUAAUACUCUGGGCUUUCUAGCUACAGGGUUGGCAACUUACAUUGCCGCCUUCGUGAAUAGGUCGUAUUCGUAUUCCCGGUAUUGAACCGGAACUAGCUUGCAAUUGAGGCUAAGGCCGGGAGUCCUUUCAAAUACAAAUGCGGCCGUACGAGCCUCCAUUGCAAGCUAGUUCCAGUUCAAUACUGGGAAUAUGAAUAAGGCCUAUUGUGCCCAUUCUAGUCAAUGACUGUAAGCUUACCAUUACACCUUACAUGUACUUUGCCAUUUUUAGCCAUAUCCACAGAUGUACUAUUUUCGAAAGAUCCUGACUUCUCUGGUUGAGACCGAAGCCUUUACGUUAUCACACAACCAUGAGUAAUUCAGUUAAGGUUGAAUUUCACAGUAAACCAACAUACCUCUUUUAAUUUACUUUAUUGUAGAAGUUUUCGCAUUCCUUUAUUUACAAUCCCUU